GGGAGGUAGAAGAAGAGACGCACAAGCAAGGCAGCCCAGUUUUCAAAAGAAGUCCAGAUAUAACAAAAUCACCACUGACCAAGUCUGAACAACUGCUUCGAAUAGAUGACCACGACUUCACUAUGAGACCUGGCUUUGGGGGGCCAGCAAUUCCUGUUGGGGUGGAUGUACAAGUGGAAAGCUUAGACAGUAUUUCUGAAGUAGACAUGGAUUUCACAAUGACUUUGUACCUCAGACACUACUGGAAAGAUGUGAGACUGUCCUUUCCCAGCACCAAUAACCAAAGUAUGACCUUUGAUGGGAGAUUAGUGAAAAAGAUCUGGGUACCAGAUAUGUUCUUUGUCCAUUCUAAAAGAUCCUUUAUCCAUGACACCACAACAGAUAAUAUCAUGUUGCGGGUACAGCCCGAUGGGAAGGUACUGUACAGUUUAAGGGUUACCGUAACAGCCAUGUGUAACAUGGACUUCAGCCGAUUUCCCCUUGACACGCAAUCCUGUUCCUUAGAGAUUGAAAGCUAUGCCUACACUGAAGAUGACCUUAUGCUUUACUGGAAGAAUGGUAAUGAAUCCUUAAAAACAGAUGAAAGGAUUUCUCUAUCACAAUUCCUUAUCCAGGAGUUUCACACCACCACGAGACUUGCCUUUUAUAGUAGUACAGGUUGGUACAAUCGUCUGUACAUUAACUUCACACUGAGACGUCACAUCUUUUUCUUUCUCCUGCAAACUUAUUUUCCUGCGACUCUUAUGGUUAUGCUUUCCUGGGUGUCUUUCUGGAUAGAUCGCAGAGCAGUCCCUGCUAGAGUUCCCCUAGGUAUAACCACAGUGCUGACCAUGUCCACCAUCAUUACUGGAUUAAACGCUUCUAUGCCUAGGGUGUCAUACAUCAAAGCCGUGGACAUUUACUUGUGGGUCAGUUUUGUGUUUGUAUUUCUAUCGGUGCUGGAAUAUGCAGCUGUAAAUUACUUGACCACAGUGCAAGAGCGGAAGGACAGGAAGCUGAGAGAAAAGCUUCCGUGUACUUGUGGGGUACCUCAGCCACGGAUGAUGAUGGACAGCAGCUACAGUGAUGGUGAGGUGAACAAUCUAAGUGGCUUUGUGUCUGAAAAUGGUGAAAAAGAAGACCGCAUUAUGGUACAACUAGCACUCAACACAGAGAGAAACUCAAACAGAAGGAAGAGCCAACGACCAUCUUACGUCAGUAUGCGUAUUGACACACAUGCAAUUGACAAAUAUUCACGAUCGAUCUUCCCUGCAGCUUAUAUUCUAUUUAACAUCAUCUAUUGGUCGAUUUUCUCCUAG